AUGCUAUUGUCCAACAGUUUGUGUAAACCAGAGAUUGUUUGGCAAAACACCUGGGAAUACCUGUCAGAUGGAAUUCUCUACAAUCAACAACAAAGAUUAAAGUCUCCAGAUUUAUCACUAAACGAAGAUCAACUUAAAAACUUGACUUUGUUUGAGAUAGAACAAAUUUUACUUCGCAACAAUUCCAGCCUUCAAAGUUAUGGAAAGACGCCUUACCCAGAUGUUGAUUCUGUUUCAUCUUUAAACAAUCGUCUUAUUACCGAGGAGCUAGAUUAUGACAUACCAAAUUUAAAGAAUGAGUUUGAUCAGCUGUUUGUUGCAUUAACAUAUGAGCAAUGA